GUAGCCUCAUUCAGAUUGGGCCGCCGGAGCUGCUGCUCGGUUUACCGGGGUGUAAAUCGGAUGGAGAGUUUGAGCUGCGCGGUAAAGUAUCUAAUAGAGAUAGAAGAUGAGUUCUCAGCAGCAAUAUCCUCGAGCAGGGCUGCCUGCUGGACUGGCCCAAGCCCAGACCCCUGGCCCAAACAUUACAGCGGUCCAAGUAAAGCAGAUUAACACUGGAGGUCAUGAUGAAAGCCAUGCUCCGAGCUCCAGCGCAGCAGCUGGAUUAAGAGAUGAUAAGCAGGAGACGGUGGUGGUCCGGCCGUACCCUCAGCCCCAGGUCCACGGACCAGUGCCCACCGCUCCACCCCAGCUGGUCCAGCACCUUCCUCUGCAGCCUGCACCCACUGCCUCUGCUCCAGCUGCCUCCAACACCUCCGCUCACCUGCCUCAGGGCAUCCCUCUCACUUUUGCUGAGUGCCCAAGCAAGACUGCUAUGAAGACUCCGAUGCCCAGCCGUGUAAUCGCCCCCGCCCCAGUGUCUGCUCAGGGUCAUCUCGCUGUACCCCACAAGGUGCCCAGCCACAUCACAGUUACCAUGGAGAGUGCCAUGCCACAGGCGCCUGGCAUCCCUGUAGCCACCAUCAGCGGCCAGCAGGGUCACGCUGGCAACCUGCACCGCAUAAUGGCCACAAACGUUCAGAUCAUCCGCAGUGGAGCACCUGCACUGCAGAUCGGAUCCUCUGCAGCUCCUCAGCACCAGUUUCCCUCCCAUUUACCCAGAGGAGCUGCAGCUGCUGCUGUGAUGUCCAGUACCAAAGGAGCCACUGUACUGAGACCAGCUGCCACCCCAAACAACGCUGUGGGGCAGCCCACAGUCCAGCACAUCAUCCACCAACCCAUUCAGUCCCGACCCAUAGUGACCACUUCCACAGCGGUGAUGCCUACAGUAGUGGCACCAGUCACAGCCACUCGACCCCAGUCCCCCGUCAUUAGCACAGUGGCUGCUCAGUCUGGAGAACUGGUGCACGGACGUUCAGGCCUCACCAUCCACCCGCCUCCUGCAACCCUGAGCAUCCAGCGCCCUCCAGCCCGGGACACGCCCACCCGCAUCACCCUUCCUUCACAUCCGGCUAUCGGUGCUCAGAAGCCCCUCCCACAUUCAAUGGCACAGAAACCGAUCUUCAGCACUGUGACUCCUGUAGCUGCAGCAACAGUGGCCCCUAUUCUGGCCACAAACACGGCUCCAUCCACCACAACAACUGGCUCUAUUCCUCAGACUCAGAUAUCUAGCAGUAAUAUUGUUACAGUGACCAUGGCCUCUCAUUCCACCCACGCCACUGCAGUGACCACCUCCACCAUCCCUGUGGCUAAAGUGGUUCCCCAGCCAAUCACACACACCUCCCCCAGAAUCCAGUCUGAGUUUCCUGGAGAGAGAGGCAACCUCAUCCCCAUCUCCACCCACCGCUCCUCCCCUAACCCAAUCACCAUGGAGAACCGCAGCGACAACAGACAAUCUGUUCCUGUGCAGUUUCAGUACUUCCUGCCCACCUACCCAUCAGCCCCGUACCCACUGACCCACACCUACACCCCCAUCACCAGCUCUGUGUCCACCAUACGGCCUUAUCCAGUAACGGCCCAAGCCCCCACAGCCGGCAUGCCGGCCCAGACCAGCGUGGGCGUGGCUUCUGCAGUGCACCUGAACUCCAUGCAGCUGAUGACUGUGGACAGGAUUGCUCAGAUCAACACCCAGAACCUACAGCCGGCCACCGUGGCAGCUCAGGGGGUCCAGCCCACGACUCUCACAGCCCAGGGGCUCCACACCUCCACAACCAUCACCCCACAGAGCAUCCAGCCUGCACCGGUCAACCCCCAGCAGCCCCCUACUGAGACCAAGACUUCAGUGGUGUUAGCCGAUGGUUCCACGUUGGUGGCUAACACAAUUAACAAUGCCUUCAGCAGCGGUCAGCCUGCCGCAGUCCAAAAUCAGCCUCACCCCCAGGUCAGCGGCUCUGGGGCUCCGACUCUGGUAUCGUCUCCUCGGCCCAGCAUCCUGCGUAAGAAACCUGCUGGCGAGGGUGCUGGUGUGAGGAAGAACCUGAUCCCGGCUCAGCUCGGUGACCCCGGCAGGAUGGACGUUGGAAUAAGAGGCACUUCAGGAUCCCCUCGACCUGCAGGAGUAAAACCCAAACCAGAUAUCCUGGUGGGUCUGGCUCCUCCGGUGAAUCCUGCAGUGGAGGCUCUUACGGGACAGAACCCAGAUCAGCAGCAGAACUCUGCUCUUCCUCCGUCUCAGAUCCCGGUCCAGCCCGUCUCCUCUCUACUGACCUCAGCCACGCCCACCUCACAGCCUGUCCCUGCUGCCAUGGCAGUAACCCCACCCAUCCCUUCAAUGGCCAACGUUGUAGCCCCACCUUCUCACCCAGGAGCCACUAGCACUGCAGCUUGUCCCAUUAGCUCCACCCUCCCGGAGAUUCAUGUGAAGCAGGAGGCGGAACAAAUGGACACAUCAAAACCAGUGGGUCCAGCGCCCCCUAGUGGCACGCCGGCUCUGGCAGUACCGUCUGCAGACCUCACCCCUGGAGCCUCGCCCAGGAAGAAACCUCGCAAGCAGCAGCACGUGAUCUCCACCGAGGAGAGCGAGAUGAUGGAGGCCAACAGCACCGACGAGGAGCGAGUCCUGACUAAACCUCCCAGCCAGCGGCCAGAGAAACGCAAAUCCCCACCCAAAGAGUAUAUCGACGAGGAGGGAGUGCGGUACGUUCCGGUACGGAUCCGCCCCCCGGUCACUCUGCUCAGACACUACAGGAACCCCUGGAAAGCUGCGUACCAUCACUUCCAGAGAUACAGCGACGUCCGGGUUAAAGAGGAGAAGAAAGGCUCACUGCAGGAUGUGGCCAAUCAGAAGGGGGUGGUGUGUCGAGCUCAGGGCUGGAAGAUCCACCUGUGUUCUGCUCAGCUUCAGCAGCUGACUAAUCUGGAGCAUGAUGCCUACAGUCGUCUGACCACUCUGCAGGAAGGACUUGUACCUAAAAAGAAAUCUGGCGGUGAUGAUGACCUGCAUCGUAUCAGUGAGCUCAUACAGGGGAACAUGCAGCGCUGUAAGCUGGUGAUGGAUCAGAUCACAGAAGCUCGGGAGUCCAUGAUGAAGGUUCUGGACCAUCGAGAGAGAGUCCUGAAGCUUCUGAACAAGAACAGCAGCACCAAGAAGCUCCACAAGCUGAAGCGUAAAGACCGAGCCUGAGGGAAUGGAGAGAAUAUGCUGAAACGGGCCUCCAGGAGCGUGACACCCAACACGACAACACGACAGCCCCAGCCUCGAAUACACACACACUGUAACACCAUACCCGGGCUGAUCAUGUGACUGAGGGACGUGAGAGAAACUGAUAAACAGAGAAAAACAGCCAGAUCUUCAGGUCCUCUGAUGGAGCUUGGUGGUGUUCAGCAUUAAGGCUAAGGGUGUGUUCUCACCCUCAGUGUGAAAAGCCUUACCUUCAUACUUGAGUUAAGUGUGUGCAUCAUUUAUGCAUGAAUUAAGUGUAUAUUGCAUCUACACGGUUAUUGAUUUCAGAUCAGUUUCUCCUGUUAAUAAUAAUAGUAAUAACUGUGUGAGUGUGAUAUAACACAUUCAUGUCAGAAUGUGGAGCACAUUUGGACAUUUGAGUGACUUACAGAAGUUUUGGCCAAAACAGAACAAAAUGAUUUCGCCACUUUUUCACUAUUCAAUAAAUUAAAUAGCUUACAUGUA